AUGUUCACAGCCUACAAGCAACUAUGGGUCACGCUUUGGGAAGAACCCCAUAUUAUUUUGAUCCGUCAGAAAAUCGAUACACACAUCUGGCAGUCAUCAACCUCGAAUGUUGCAGCUUCAGAAGCUGAAGCCAAAGAUUUCACUUCUGAUCUAAUGCACUUGGCCCUUGCUAAUGCUGGCCACAAAGAUUCAGAUUCUCCAACUAUCAAUGAAGAUCCUGUCCCCACUCCAUCCGCCCACCUACUUGUCAGCCUGCCACUAGUAGCUGUUACUUCCCUGACCCUCAAUUGGACCACAGCAGUCCAAUUGUCCUAA